UGUAAGACAAUCGAUUGAAUGGACCCUCAUGACUAUUCUCUCGGUCGGCAAUCGUUUGUAGGGGCCCCCUUGGUAGCUGGACCCCCCACGCAAAGUGCACGUGUAUCUUGCGGUAGCAGGACUUUGUUCUCACGUAGCUGGGACCACCUACCUUAUCUUUAUCCGCACCAGUAAUCUAUAAACACCUGAUACAUGGUGCCAACAUCCCAGCUGCAUCCCAUAUGUCUUCUUUUUCGAGCUACGUGAGUAGCUUCACUGCUCAGCAAAUGCAAGAGUACGAAGCUCGAAUGAAAACAUCUACUUCACCCACCGAUGCCCCACCAGUCACGCUUCCUCUAGCCAUACACUCCUCCGUUCUCAUAUCGCCACCUCAUUUAGAAGAAGAACACCAGUUACACACAUCGUCCAGUGAAAACACCCUCGUACCGGAACACGCCAACCGAAACGUCACCUUCGAUAUCGAAAAACUCCAACUACCAGCAAAGCGGCAGUCCCGUAUUGUCCGACUCUUCCGCCACACCUUAUUGAACGUAUACCGGCGCCUCUUCUCGAUAGUGUUCAUCGCCAACGCUGUGGCUCUCGUUGUCUUCCUCGCCAAAUCGAGCGACAUUCUCCACGUCAACAUAUGGAACCUAGCAACCGCUGCCAGCGCUAAUGUCUUCGUUGCAACGGCUAUCAGACAGGACUACGUACAGAACAUUCUGUACUAUAUGGUCUGGCUGACACCGCAAUCUGCACCGCUGCGAGUUCGUCGUGUUGUCGCGAAGCUGUACGAAAAUGGCGGAGUGCACUCGGGCUGCGGGAUCGCAGGGACCCUAUGGUUUGCCGCGUUGACCAUCAUCUUGUCUGUCCAGUUCGUGGAGGAGAUAUUCACAUCGCGAGCGGUCCUGACAGUGACGUGGAUCCUGCAGGCUUUACUCCUCCUCAUCGUAGGCUUUGCGUACCCGACCUUGCGCGCAAGAUACCACAACAUCUUCGAGAUUUCCCAUCGAUUUGCUGGGUGGGCGGUCGUCAUUCUCUUCUGGGUUGAGCUGGGGCUGCUUUCCCACACUGUGGCGCAGGAGAACCGCGUCACAGCUGGACACGUUCUGAUUCGGCAACCGAGUUUCUGGCUUCUGAUGCUGAUCACCUUCCAUGCGGUUCUCCCAUGGCUAUUCCUGCGAAGAUGGGAGUUUAGGGCGGAGGGGCUGACGAAGCAUGCAGUCCGCUUACACUUUGAGCGUAACGUUGGGCCCUGCACUGGCAUCGCCAUCUCCAAGUCUCCGCUGCUGGAGUGGCAUCCGUUUGCCACGCUUCCAUCUCUAGACCCAACGCAGAAAGGCGGAUCGGUGAUUGUCUCGCGCGCAGGUGACUGGACCAAGUCAGCAGUGGAGGAGCCGCGGAGCUACUACUGGGUCAAAGGUGUGCCUAAGCCUGGCGUCUUGGGCCUCUCACUCAUCUUCAAAAGCGUUGUGAUCGUUACGACAGGGUCUGGUAUUGGGCCGUGCUUGUCCAUCAUUGCAUCGCCUACUCGUCGCACGGCUUGUCGCAUAUUAUGGACGGGACCGCGACCAGAGCAGACGUUUGGCUCGGAGAUCGUACAUUAUGUCCGCCAAGCGGAUCCCGAGGCUAUGAUCAUCGAUAGCAAGAAGGAGGGACGUCCGGACAUGGUCGCUCUGUCAUACCGACUUUAUGUUGAAGCAAAAGCUGAAGCGGUCUUUGUGAUCAGUAACCCAGCGCUGACACGCAAGAUUGUAUAUAGCCUGGAGUCCCGCGGUGUUCCGGCGUUUGGACCUAUUUGGGACUCAUGAUGCCGGAAGUGUUGUACAUAGUAGAGGCCGUCAUCUAGCGGUGCGCAGUGUUAUUCAAUGACGCUUCAG